AUGAAAUAAAUAAAAAUUUUAACGAACAGAUAUUUUAAAAUAAAGUCAUGUCGUACGGUGAGCCCCAUGUGGAACCGAAAGCAGAGAUUUAUUUGGGACCAUAUCCAGAAAGCGAACCAGAACCUGAGGUAGAACCCGGAAUAUACGGAUAUGGCAACGUCACUGGUGAAAUUCCAAUCGGAGACGGCGAACCUGAUGCUGCCACAAUAAGCGACCCAACUAUAAUGAGAAUAAUGGCAAGUGUGGCCGGCAUUAUCAGCAUCGGAAUAAUCAUACAAAAUGUUCUUGUUUUAUUUGUAUUAUGGAGGGCGUGGCCAAAGCAAAAUCCGACAAUAACAUAUUUUAUUAUACAUUUAGCAUGCGCUGAUCUUGCGUCUGGAUUUCAGUUUCUAUGGUUCAACUGUAUCGACAUAUUUUUGAGAAAAACGCACGAAGGAAUGUGGGUUCUAAUAUUAUGUGGAUUCUGGAUGGUGACCAUCGCGGCUUCCAUAGGAGGGCUUAUUAAUUUCGCGCAUUUGAGAAUUCAUGCACUUAAAAAUGCAAUGAAAAAUCAGAAAUAUUCAAAGAAACGAGCGAUAAUUUGUGUAUUACUAUCAUGGCUACUUCCAUUAGCUGGAUUAUUUGUACCACCGAUUGCUGGAUGGAAUUGCAUCGACUACUCUGGAGGUAACAUGGGAAAAGACUGUUCACAAGUUGUGUUUCCAUUCACAAAACCAUAUGUUCUCAUGCUUGUUUCUCUGCUGUUCUUCUCUAUAAUAUGGUUAAGCGUUCUGUACGUUUGGAUCUUCAUGUUGGUGCAUAAACGGAGUUGGUCACAUUUUAUAAAAUCUGAGCAGGCUCACCAGGCUGCAUCAGGAAACACAAGAAAAGUGUCCCAAAGAUGGCAUCGUAUGAUAAUACGAGCCCAACGUAAACAACGAAAGGUUUCAGACAAGCUGGAAGCAGUUAAAGGUAUGACAGCACAGACAAGCACAAAUAAAGAUACAGAACGGCAAUUAUUCAACACAAUGAUGAUCAUUCUAUCAAUUUUCUUUUUAUGUCAUUGUCCAGUGGGUGUGGUACUGAUAUUUGACUAUAUUAUAGUUGAGCAAAAUACUGCUUUAGUGGAUGCUUUUCAGAUCAUCCUCACUAUAAGUUUUAUCAAUGCAUUACUCAAUCCAAUUUUAUAUUACUGGAGAAUGCCAGCGACAAGAGAUGCGUUCUGGUUAGCACUUGGAAAGCGGGAGAAAACACAAAAUAAAUUGAUGUAUUCACGAUCAAGUGUAAAUUCAAAAAGAAAUGACAGGUUUCAUUUUCAGAACACACUUUCAAUAGUUGAUCUUGAAAGCAACAAAAUUGACAAUAAUAUGAAGUGCACUUCAAUAUAAGGGAACUAGAUAGUCAUCCAAUAUCAAUGACAUCCAUCUUUCGCACAUUUGCAAGUGACAAGAACUUGAAAAGAAGACCUGUCGGACUCGCUUAAACAACAUCAGGCACUGCAACAGAACAAGACCAAACUUAAUGAUUAUCUUCUAAGCUGCAGUCAUAAACUGAAUUAAUCUUAAAACAUUGAGCCUUGGAAAUGCAGGUACUGGAUAUUGAGACAUUCAGACAACUAUAUAGUGGACUGAAUCUUGAUGAACACCAUGUAAAAGGUUUUAUCCAUACUAAUCGUGGACAUGCUAUGAACCAAAUAUGAUGGUUCAACUCAGAUUCAGUAGCACUGUGACUGUUCAUGGGUGCGAUGAGGCCUGGGUGGUGAUUGGCAUACCAGGUUAAUUAUGUAGGCUUUAAAGUUUUCAAGUUUGAAAUAUGAAAUUCAAGACCUGGAUGCCUAAGUGGACAACCAAGACACUCUAACCUCUGUGUGAUAUAAAUGGUGUGGGUUGUUUCAUACAUUUUUAACUGCAAACUUUUUUCCAAAUUUCUUUCAACUGAAGUGCGUCAUUCCGAAAACUCAAUUUGUCUAUAUAUGUCAACCUCCAACUUAAAAAAAUAUCUAAAAUCUUCAAAUUUUUUGUUUCAGAACUAUCACAAAAACUAUAAAUGUAUUACCUAACACGUGUUUAUUGUUUUUUGAUCAAAUAAACCUAAAAAACUUUGUGUAAA